CCCUGAUCCGAGCCAGGCGCCAACCUCCGGUGUUCCAGAGGCUUCCGCUAGACCACAAUUCUCAGGGGCUCGCCCCGGCAGCCACCUUUCCCGGCUUAGCCUCACCUCCCGCGCUGCAGACCGUCUGUGGGCCACGGCGCGUAGCACGCCGGGAACUGUAGUUUUCUCGUGGCGCACCUAUACCAAAAAGGAGUGCGACGGGACUGUGUCUCCCAGAGUGCUGCGGGGCGGGCGAGGGAAGGCAAGGGGGAAGGGACAGUCGGUCGCAGACCGCGCUGGGGUGCCGCCGCCGCUGCCGCCGCCAUCGUGCCAGCCCUUCGGUAACCAGGCCCCAGCUGUGGGUGGAUUGGCCGGCCGUAUUAGUGGAAGAAGAGAGGAAGGAGCCGUUGUUAGUGGAAGAAAGGAAGAAGGUAGCCAAGGAGGUUUCAGCAAGGCUGGGCAACACUCCAGAAUGGGAGACAAGCCAAUUUGGGAACAGAUUGGAUCCAGCUUCAUUCAACAUUACUACCAGUUAUUUGAUAACGACAGAACCCAACUAGGCGCAAUUUACAUUGACGCGUCAUGCCUUACAUGGGAAGGACAGCAGUUCCAGGGGAAAGCUGCCAUUGUGGAGAAGUUGUCUAGCCUUCCGUUCCAGAAAAUCCAGCACAGCAUCACGGCGCAGGACCAUCAGCCCACGCCAGAUAGCUGCAUCAUCAGCAUGGUUGUGGGCCAGCUCAAGGCCGACGAAGACCCCAUCAUGGGCUUUCACCAGAUGUUCCUAUUGAAGAACAUCAAUGAUGCUUGGGUUUGCACCAAUGACAUGUUCAGGCUUGCUCUGCACAACUUUGGCUGACCUCCUCCCAGCCAGGCACUCAUGCUGUUUCCUCCUCCCUCCUCUUCCCGAUACUAUUCACACUCUGCCAGAUGCUCCAAAUAUCAUAUACAAACGAGCAGGGCCACAGUGGGAGUGGGCGCGGUGCGCUACUGCCACCGAGGUGUUGUGCAUGAUGUUUGGACACUAGACUAGUUGCAUCUGACAGGAGAAGUUUGUGUUGUACCAGCGCAUGCCUUGGAAAGACUAAGUAAUGCAAAAGGUUGUCUUUUGUUUUGUUUUUUAAAUCUACUGACAAGUUGCUCUAGUAACCCAAAGAAGUGAAGGAGAAAGCAGCUGCCUCACCGCCCAGAUAUUGAUUUGUUCAGAUGUUUCAAUGCCUCAUUAUACAAUAAAACCACGAAAAUUUUCUUAA